AUGAUGAACAUAAAUUUAUUUCAACUGAAUGAUCCUCGAAGUAAUAGUGUUAUAGUGUGUCUAAAAGAAAAACAACUACUGUAUCUUUCUGGUGUGUUUGACGUCCAAAUCGUAAAGGGUGGAAUUGUCUAUAAUAAUGCGCAUUAUAGCUCAUCUAAACAGGAGCUUUCGUUUUGGCACCCGUUGUCUAAUUCUAUUCCGCCUAUUCAAAGCUCAUACUAUGCUGGUUGGGAAGAGCCACUGAAUUUAGGGGCCAGAUUCAGACACUCUAUUGACCGUGAUGUAUUUAAUGAUGAAAGCUUCACUUGUAUUCUUCGAAUUUCCAAUGCCCAAAUAGACGGUCUCAUAGACGCCCACAAAUUAUAUCCUGACGUGAGACAACUUUGGAAAAUACGAGAAAAUGAUCCUUAUUCGACAACCAUUAGAACGUUUACUAUAUUGAAUGAAAUGCAAGACCAAUUUGUUCCUUUGAUAACUACAAAUCAAUGGACGUCCAUGGUAGAAAAAAUGAAGAUGUCACAUAAGGAUUCAACCUUCGACAUAAGAAUAAUAGUGAUUGGGGGAAAGAACUCAGGAAAAUCGACAUUUUUGCGAUUAUUAUGUGAAAAUCUCAUUCAUAAUGACGAGGACUCUUUUUCAUCCCAGGAGGAACUGCUUUAUUUGGAUCUUGACCCAGGACAACCUGAAUACUCACUUCCAGACUGUCUAUCUUUGAAUGAAAUUAAACAACAAAACCCGAACAAGACUUUUGCAUUAGGUCAACAUUUUGGCCAAGAAAGUAAUAAUUUUAGAGCGUUGAAGCAAUAUUACUAUGGGUCCAAUUCUCCUCAAGACAACCCUACAACAUAUCUGGAUAUGGCCGAUCAACUCAUUAAUUAUUUCGAAGAACAAUGCUUUGUGGGCACAUCUCUAUUAAAUCUGCCAGGAUGGGUCAAAGGUUUUGGCAUAAAUAUAAUAAAUCAUGUCAUUCAAAAAUACAAACCAACUCAUAUUAUAACAUUGGAAUCUAAAAGCAACUCUUUGAUUAACGAAUUCAAUAUUCCAAAUAUUUUCUCAAAUCCUUUACAAGACGAUUAUGAGCCAAUUAUACUAAGUCUAUCUGCUUUCAAGACUUUCAAUGACUCUCAGGCAAGAUUCCAUGCACCCCAAAUAAGGACAUACAAAACUUUAUUGAAUUUCCAUCUUAUGUCAAAUCACAACUACGACUUUGAUCCAUUACUUUUCAAGUCACCCGUUCAAAUAUCUUUUGGAAGUUUUGGAAUUCAGGGUAUCCAAUACAUGGAAACUGAUUUCCAAAAGCUUCAUGAAGAUGAUAUUAAAGGUUCUUUAGAAGGCACAAUUGUAGCACUUAAUAUCUUCCAACAAAACAACAUAAGCGAAUACAUCAAUGCAGCCGGCACAUACCCAAUGAUAAGUAAAAAGAUCAAUAUCAAUGCUUUAAAAUUUGUAACAUUAGCACUAAUUCAUUCGAUAGACGAAAAACGAAAAAUUAUGAACCUAUAUAUACCAUGUUCUAAUCUCAGCCAUGUAAAAUCCUCAGCGAAAGAAACACAGUGGAUAUUGAUAAGAAACAAAACGGAAACACCGUUUUGUGAAGUGUUUCCUCCAAAUCAAGAAGUUUUCUUUAGUUCUUUCGACUCAGUGCCAUACCUCACAACUAAAAGGAGGAAGAAACAUGAACAUGUAUGGAAAGUGAGGAAAAAUGUCUUGAGAAGAGGGCAACUUAUGAAAUAA